AUGGACUUGCCGUAUGCGCAUCCUGGACCAGCCGAGGAUCAACUAUUAGUGCUGCAGGGCGACCAUAGGUCCUCAUUUGUAUGGGAGGGACAGCUAUCGGAUCAACCUCUCUGCCCCAGGAGACCUGACGACUUGUGGGAGUUCUUGAGGCAGCAUCAAUUCCAUGCCCGCGUAGUCGCGCGCCUACAGGCUACGGGCUUCUUUACGAUUUUGCAGAUUGGGCGGAUACAGCUUGAUUGGUCUCUCAUCACCGCAUUGGUUUUGUAUGGGCUGCGCGUAGAUGGACGGGCCGUUGCACUGCCCCAGUACAUGAGAUCCAUGAUGCGUGCCCAGUAUUUGGAUUUGAUGGGGCAGUAUACUGGUUACAGACCUCAGGGUGACGCUAUACAGAGAUGGCGCAGUCACGUUUCUUUGUCAGCUAUCAGAGACCAUAUGGCGUUUUUGCACUCAGACAUUACCGGCGAGACACAGGAUCUCCAUAUUGAGCGGUACACGAGGUUGGCGCUGCUCCUGCUUUUUGGGGGUGUCUUGUUCCCGAACACUUCCGGAAGUAAAGUGAGUAUGCGCUUUCUGCAUCAUCUGCAGCAGCUAGAUGAGUUACCCCUGUACAGCUGGGGUGCUGCUGUUCUAGCAUACCUGUACCAGAGUAUGUGCCGGGCGAGCAUGCUUUGCCAAGUGGAUAUAUGUGGUUUUCUGCCCCUUCUACAGGUCACAACAUUUUCGAAUACUCUGUUCAUUACUCUGAAUUCUAUAUGGUCGAAAUGA